AGCUGGGUCACAAGAUCCUGACGAGCAAAAGGCAGAUUCUGAUGUUGAUAUUUUGACACUUGUGCUGAUUUCGAUGAUGAGUUUGCAAUUCUAUGCAUGCACCAGAGAGAGAGAGAGAGAAAGAGAGUGAAGCACUGCAGCAAAUCCAGAGUACCGAAAGGGAUCACGAUAUAUCAGUGAAUCUGCUUUGAUUCAAAUCCUACCUCUGUCGCUCUUGGCUUUCCUCUCUAGGAAUUAUAUUUCAUAAUCGAGCAUUUAAUGAUCCUCUCUUCUUUUUAAAUAAUACCCACAACUUCUUUCAUCAAACCAUUGUCUCUCCUCCAACCCAUCUCUCCCCUCCCUCUCUAUCUCUGAGAGAAAUGGAUCCUGGUUCUUCUUCUUCUUCGAUUUCUCUAUCAACUAAAGCAAUAAUCGAAUGCGGGCAUCAUCAUCAGCCUCAUGUCUUAGCAGUUGAUGAUAAUCUCAUCGAUCGGAAACUUAUUGAAAAAUUACUCCGAAACUCAUGUUGCAAAGUGACCACAGCCGAAAAUGGGUUGAGGGCGUUGGAGUAUUUAGGAUUGGGGGAGCAUCAGAAUAGCAGCAAUUUGCAGGAUUCAAAGGUGAACAUGAUAAUUACAGACUAUUGCAUGCCAGGAAUGACAGGCUAUGAACUACUUAAGAAGGUUAAGGAAUCAAACGCAAUGAAGGAGGUUCCUGUCAUCGUUAUGUCAUCCGAGAAUGUACCUACACGGAUUAACAAAUGCCUUGAAGAAGGAGCUCAAAUGUUUAUGCUAAAGCCUCUGAAACUAUCUGAUGUCAAGAAAAUGACAUGUCAAGUGAUGAAAUGCUGAAGCCCAUCCUAAAAUAUGUGAAAGUUAACUCAAGAAGAACACAAGAGUAUGCUCAGCAGUUAGUCUACUGUUCGUUUUCCUUGGCCAUUUUAGUCAUCAUCUCUCUCCUCCUCCCCUAAGUUUAGCUUAAAGUUUUGAGAACAAUUUCAAUUCAAAUGGAAAUAUCUACUACUUAUUGUAAGUGAAUUAGAUAUUGUAUGCAAAAUUACUUCAAAUUU